GCUGACGCGCGGCGUGGACGACGACGGGCUGCGCCUGUCAAGCUCGGCGCGCACUCCCUGCGAAGGCCGAGCGGGCGCCAUGGCGGUUCUGCUGGAGACCACUCUGGGCGACGUCGUCAUCGACUUGUACACCGAGGAGCGGCCGCGCGCUUGCUUGAAUUUCCUGAAGUUAUGCAAAAUAAAAUAUUACAAUUAUUGCCUUAUUCACAAUGUACAGAGGGAUUUUAUCAUACAAACUGGUGAUCCUACAGGGACUGGCCGUGGAGGAGAGUCUGUUUUUGGUCAGCUGUAUGGCGAUCAAGCAAGGUUUUUUGAUGUGGAAAAAGUGCCAAGAAUUAAGCACAAGAAGAAAGGCACCGUGUCCAUGGUGAACAAUGGCAGUGAUCAGCAUGGAUCUCAGUUUCUUAUUACCACAGGAGAUAAUCUAGAUUACCUUGAUGGUGUUCAUACAGUGUUUGGUGAGGUGACAGAAGGCAUGGACAUAAUUAAGAAAAUCAACGAGACCUUUGUUGACAAGGAUUUUGUACCAUAUCAAGAUAUCAGGAUUAAUCAUACAGUGAUUUUAGAUGAUCCAUUUGAUGACCCUCCGGAUUUAUUAAUUCCUGAUCGGUCACCAGAACCUACUAGGGAACAACUGGAUAGUGGUCGAAUAGGAGCAGAUGAAGAAAUUGAUGAUUUCAAAGGAAGAUCAGCCGAAGAAAUAGAAGAGAUAAAGGCAGAGAAAGAGGCCAAAACUCAAGCUAUUCUAUUAGAAAUGGUGGGAGACCUACCUGAUGCAGAUAUUAAACCUCCAGAAAAUGUGCUGUUUGUGUGUAAAUUGAAUCCAGUGACCACAGAUGAAGAUCUGGAGAUAAUAUUCUCAAGAUUUGGGCCAAUAAGAAGUUGUGAAGUUAUUCGAGACUGGAAGACAGGAGAAUCCCUCUGUUAUGCUUUUAUUGAAUUUGAAAAGGAAGAAGAUUGUGAGAAAGCGUUCUUCAAAAUGGACAAUGUCCUUAUAGAUGACAGAAGAAUACAUGUGGAUUUUAGCCAGUCUGUUGCAAAGGUUAAAUGGAAAGGAAAAGGUGGAAAAUAUACCAAGAGUGAUUUCAAGGAGUAUGAAAAGGAACAAGCUAAACCGUCUAAUUUGGUCCUGAAAGACAAAGUGAAGCCCAAACAGGAUGCAAAAUACGACCUUAUCCUGGAUGAGCAGGCGGAAGACUCAAAAUCAAGUCACUCGCACGCCAGUAAAAAACACAAGAAGAAAACUCGUCACUGCUCUGAAGAAAGAGAAGAUGAGGACUACCUGCCAGUCAAAAAUACUAAUCAGGACAUCUACAGAGAAAUGGGGUUUGGUCACUAUGAAGAAGAGGAAAGCUGUCGGGAAAAACAAAAGAGUGAAAAGAAAGACCGACCUCAAAACCGAAGUCGCAGCCGAUCUCGAGAAAGGGACGGCCACUACAGUGAUCGUCACAAAUCCAAGUACCAGACAGACCCCCAUGGAAGAGAAAGGAGUAAAAAGAGAGACCGAAGCAGGAGUCCCAAGAAAUCCAAAGAUAAAGAAAGAUCUAAGUACAGAUGAAAAUGAAAAAUCAGACCGGAGUGGCUAAAAUAUUUACUCAUCUAACUUGGCGUGAUAGAUGUUCAGAAUUUGUGUCGAAGCAGUUAAAGACUCUGCUUGGUUUUUUUUCCCCACAUUCUCAUUAUGUUUCUCUUUAUAUUAAUACUGAUUGUGUAGGGCACAGAAAGACAAUAAAGAAUUGAACAUUUUCUUUGUAUACUUUUUUACACUAAUUCUGUUGUUAUACAUAAAUAGUAGUCUUCAUUUUUCAAGUCUUUCACAUCUUCCACCUUUCAAAAUGAAGUAUUUCAUGCCUACAAAAACAAAUACCAUUUAUAUAAGGUACAAAAAAUAAUAAAUAUGUACCCAUCAACCAGCUUAGGAAAUGAGUAUUCCCUUCAUUUUAGAAGUCACUUGUGCCCUCUCCUUCUCGAGUAAUAAUUAUCAUGAAUUUUGUGUUUGUUAUUCUUUUGCUUGUUAUAGUUUUACAACAUAUGUAUCCCUAAACAAAAUGGUAAGUUUUGUAUGGUUUUGAAUUUAUAUAAAUGAUAUAAUGUAUGCCCACUUCUCUGACUUCCUUUAUUCAGCUUAGUACAGUACUUUUUGAGAGUCACUCAUUUUUAUUGCCAUACAGUUUUACGAGGUCUGUCUGGGAAAAGUCCAGACUUUGUUAAUAAUAACAAGAAUGGUUUGUGCAGCAUUGACAUCUAUGUAACCUGGCAGCCAAGGAGAGUGGACUGGAGUGCGCAUGCAUGAACCAUGAUGACUUUACUGUACCAGUCAGUGGGAGUGGUAGACACCAUUGAGUGAGCCUGUGUACUGUGUGGCAGUCGCAUUCAAAAUGACUAAGUAGAGCAACAAGUCUUCAUCCAGUUUUGUGUUAAGCUUGAACAUUCUUCUGUGGAAAGUAUUCGGAUUAUUCAGAAGGCCACAGCUAUGGACAACUGGUGAUUGUCAGCUUCAUCACGACAUCAUGCUUGCUCAUGCAUCAUGUCUCAUGCAGAGUUUUUUGGUAAAACAUCAAAUCACCCAGCUGACUCAGCCCUACUACAGCCCAGAUUUGGCACCCUGUGACUUCUGUUUUUUUUUUCCCAAACUGAAAUCACCUUUGAAAGGGAAUAGAUUUCAGACUGUCAAUGAGAUUCAGGAAAAUAGGAUGGGGCAGCUGAUGGCAAUCGGCAGAACUUUUUGAGGAGGUCCCAAGGUGUCUACUUUGAAGGGGAUUGAGGUGUCAUUGCCCUGUGUACAAUGUUUCUUGUAUCUUCAAUAUGUAUCUCUAUUUUUCAUGUUAUAUGGCUGGAUACCCUCUGGACAGACCUUGUGUGAAUAGACCACAGUUGUCCUGUGGAUGGGCAUUAGGGGUUUGUUUGUUUUGCUGUUUGCAAACAAUGCUGCUAUGAACAGUGUAUGUCCAGGAGUGACCCUGCUUGUUCAUGUGGUGUGGAUAUCUUCAUUUUAUAAGAUAAUGCCAAAUCAUAUUCUGCAGUGGCUGUACCACUUCAUGCUCUACCAGCAUUAUGUGUUAUCUUCGUUUCACAUUACCUCUAACACUUCCUAAUUUUAGACUUUAAUUUUGCCAAUCUAAUGGAUGUUAAGUGGUAUGUCAUUGUGGUUUCCAGCCAGAAGACUGUUACCUCUGUUAUUCUAUAUGUAAUGUGUUCUUUUUCUCUGGGUGCUUUUAAGUUUUUGAUUUUUAAGCAAUUUGAUUAUGGUGUGCAUGGUGUAGUUUUUUUCAUGUUUCUUCUGCUGGGGCUAUUUACCUGUGGUUUUAUGGUUUUCAUCAAAUUUGGAAAAUUUUCCGUUAUUAUUUCUUCAAUUAGUUUUUGUCUCUUCUGUCCUUUCCCUCUGGGCUUCCAGUUGUAUGUUAGACCACACUAUAUUAUCUAGCAGUCUGGGGGUUUUGUAAGUCUUUUUUUCUCUUUGUCAAAUUGGACAGUUUCCAUCGUCAAGUCAUCAUCAAGUUCAUUAAUCUCUCCUGAAGUAUCUAAUCUGUUAAUCCCAUUAUAUAUUUAAUCUUUAGAAGUUUCGUUUCAGUCUUUUAUAUCUUCCAUGUCUUAACAUGCUCAUGCGUUUUUCUAUUCUCUUUUUAACAUCUGGAGUAUAUUUAUAAUAGCUGUUUAAAUGCUCUUGAGUGACCAUUCUGCCAUCUGUCAUUUCUGAUCUCUGUUGGUUGAAUCCCCUUCCCCCGCCACCAGUAUUGGGUUGUAAUUUCCUUCUUUGCGUGCCUGGUAAUUUUUGAAUUUUGUUGAAUGCUGGAUUUUUUUAUACUCGUUUAAAUAAGUUACUUGGGAGCAGUUUGAUCCUUUCAUAGCUUUUAAGCUCAAUGAAGUAGGACUAGAACAGUCUUUAAUUAGGGCUAAUUUGGCCCACUGUUUAGGGUACCCUUGUGAAUAAGCUUUCCUAAGCCUGGUCUCUUAAGAGACUUCUUCACUCUGGCUAUUGGGAAUGAAAACUGUUCUAAGCCCUGUAUCAACUCCCAAACUGUACCACCUGUUUCUACCUGGUGGUCCCCCCCGCCCCCUUGGGUAGUAUCCUCAUGUACAAACACUGACUAAUAUUCAGUUGAAGACUCAGGGGAACCCUCUGUACAUCUGGAACUCUUCCUCCGUAGCUCCCUUCUCUCCCCGAUGCUGUGCCCUACAAACUUGAUCUUGGCUCCUAAAUUCUCUACCCCUGGAGACUCGCAGGCUCUUUGAAUUCCUGUCCUUACCCCAGAACUACAGCCAGGAAACUAUGCACUGAGCUCAGGCGAUGGUAGCACUUGUCUUCCCUUUCAGGAACCACUGUCUUGCACUAGCUCUUGUCCAGUGUUUGAAAAACUUUGUUGUCUACAUAUUGUACAGGUUUUUAGUUGGGGAAGGAAAUCCUGUCCCUGUUCAUCCAUUUUGGCUAGAGAGGAAAUGUCACUGUUUGAAUUUGCAUGUCCUCAGUGCUAACUAGGUUAAACAUCUGUUCAUAUAUAUUAUUCAUUCCUGAUUGCUCUCUGUGAAAAGAUUUUUUCAUGACGUUUGCCCAUUCUAUGUUAGGUUGUUGUCAUAGAUUUCUUUAAGGACUUAGGUUUUCUUUUUUUUUUAAAUAUAGAUUGUAGAUAUUUUUACUAUUAGGUAUUGCAAAUGUCUUUUAGUUUGUGGCUUAUUUUUUUCACUCAUUGAUGCCCUUGGAAGAGAACAAAUUUUAAUUUUCUGCUCAACUUUUUAAUGUAGAAAAUUUCAUACAUUUAUACAAAUACAAAACAUGAACAUCCAUAUGCCUUCCAUAGAGAUCUGUGUGAAUAAUAUUUUGUUAUUGAACAAUUUGAAAGUAAAUUGAAAAUACAAUGACAUUUUCACCUUCCAGUAUUUCACCAUGCAUUUGUUAAAGAGCAAAUGCCCUAUAGAACCACAAUACUAUUAAUCAGAAUUAAGAAAAUUAUCAGUAAUCCCAUCAUAUAUAGUGUAUAUUCAAAUUCCCUGAUUGUGUCAGGAAUGUCACUUUUAGGUGUUGGUUUGUUUUUAAAUCCAAACUUAAGGUUCAUGCACUGUAUGUUCUUGUUAGUUUAAUCUCUUGACCUGAAAGAAUUUCUUAUGCAUCCAUCUAUCUCUACCUCCAUUAUUUUAAAAUGACAUUGACUUUUUGAUGAGUUCAGGCCAGUUGUUUUGUAAAAUGUUCCACAUUCUGAAGUUAUUUGAUGAUAUCAUGGUGUCCUGUAACCUCCCUAUUUCCUGUAAACUGGAAGUUAUGACUAGGUGUUUGAUUAGAAUUAGGUUUUGUGUUUUAGGUAAAAAUUUCUAAGUUUAAUGUCAAAUUUAUUAGCCUUUCUCUAUGUGUUUUGUCUUUUGUAUUUUGCUUAAGAAAUCGUUAAUAAAGAUACUCUAUAUUCUAAACGUUAUAAAUAAAGCUUUGUUUUUCACAUUUAAA